CUAUCACCACGUGGUCAAUUAGGAUGUCUUGAAAACACCUGAACGAUUAUACAUAAAACGCAUUUGUCUUGUUUGCAGCGCUGUUUGGCCCACUUGUUUUUUUUAUGUUGUGAUGGCCGUAUAUUUAUGUCUUUUUGUAGGGUUAUUGCACUUCACAGCCCCGCUACAGGGAGCUGAAAGCAGUACUGUAAAGUGCAACCGAGGUUCCGUGCAAUGCAAGGAUGGUUUGGAGUGUGUGCUCUUUCGCCAUGUAUGCGAUGGGGAGCCUGAUUGUUCCGAUAAAUCUGAUGAAGAGGAUUGUGAACGAGCUUGUAAUGAUGAUCAAUUUCAGUGUGCCCAUGGGAAGAAGUGCAUCGAUAAGGAUGAAGUGUGUGAUGGUAUACUUCACUGUCAGGACCGGUCAGAUGAAGUGCAUUGUUCAAAACCAGAGGGAUGUGUUCACCUCUGUGACAAUAACAAUCGCUGCUUACCCGCAACCUUGCUAUGUGAUACAGAAAGAGACUGCUUAGAUGGAACAGAUGAGGAAAAUUGCGAGGGUGUGAAUAGAGGGACCACUUCACCCACCCCUCUUCCAGUCCAGUUUGUGUCGAAACCUAUCAAAUGCCACUUGGGUUCCAAACCCUGCAAAGACAACAGAGAUUGUGUCCUUUUCGACCAUAUCUGUGAUGGAGAAAAUGACUGCAAUGAUGGCUCAGAUGAAGAGGAAUGCUCAUCUACUUGUGAACAGGACCAGUUCCAGUGUGCCCAUGGUAAAAAGUGCAUAGAAAAGAAUCAAGUGUGUGAUGGUGUGCCUCAGUGUCAGGACCGCUCUGACGAACAGAAAUGUACCAAAUACACCGAGGGCUGCUCUCAUCUCUGUGAUGGCGAGAGCCGCUGCCUUCCUGAAACUUUCCUUUGUGAUGGGGAAAGUGACUGUUUGGACGGCACUGAUGAGACUGACUGUGUUAAGGACUGCAGUGCCAGUGAGUUUAGGUGCACCAGUGGUCAGUGCGUGUCAGCUACAAUGCAUUGUGAUGGCCACCCAGACUGUUGGGAUCAUUCGGAUGAAGAAGGAUGCAUCAGAGCACCAGUCUGCAAAACAAAGCAACGUUGCCCUCAGAGCAAGGAGUGCCUGGUUGAGGAGUGGCUCUGUGAUGGAGAACAGGACUGCAAAGAUGGCACAGAUGAAAAGGAAUGUCCUGAUUUGGCUCCACUGAGCUGUGGUGAUUAUCAGUGGCCAUGUAAAUCCAAGACUGCGUGUAUCCCUGUAACCUGGAGGUGUGAUGGCACAAAAGACUGCCAUGAUGGAAGUGAUGAAACGGAGUGUGGGUUGGUUGCAUGUCUUCUUCACCAGUUCCAAUGUGGCAGUCUGGAGUGCGUGGAUCCCUCCCUUGUGUGCAAUGGAAUUAGAAAUUGUGCAGAUGGUUCAGAUGAGGAUGGUAGUUGCCAGACAAACUGUGCGGAAGCCGAUAUCAGGCGCUGCUCCCAGGGAUGUUUCAGCACACCACAGGGUCCGGGUUGCCACUGUGCAGUAGGCUACAGACUACUUGAAGAUGGAAUGACCUGUGCCGAUGUUGAUGAGUGUGAAGACCACCACUCGGCUGUGUGCAGUCAACUGUGUGUAAACACCCUGGGCUCCUACAAGUGUGACUGUUACACAGGCUACAUAAUGGAGGCUGAUGGACACAAUUGCAAAAUAAAGGGUGAACCCCUACUGUUGUCCUCGGUCCAAACUGAUCUCCUGGUGUUUGGGUUGCGCAGUGGCAACAUGGAUCUAUUGUCUUCCUCUGCCAAGAAGGCAGUCUUAUCUCUCGACUAUGACUGGCAUAAAAGGAUGGUGUUUUGGGUUAGUCUCGACACCGACAGCAUCAGAUGGUCCUCUCUGGAGAAAAAGACCACAGGAACUCUAAUUGGAGGUGUGCGAGCUGAUUCUUUGGCUGUGGACUGGCUUGGGAGAAAUCUGUACUGGAUUGAUGGUGUGAACAGUCAAAUUAUUGCCAUGAAACUGUCUGCUGGUGGUUCACCAUACAGUGUUAUCUUGGAUGAAGACCUGGAUCAGCCUCGGUCCCUUGCACUGUUACCAGAAAAGGGGCUGAUGUUCUGGACUGAAAUUGGAAACACGGUCAAGAUUGAAAGGGCUGGAAUGGAUGGUUCCGAGAGGCGGGCAGUGGUUAACUCCAGUUUAGGUUGGCCAGGUGGUGUGGCAGUAGACACUCUUCGUGACCGAGUCUACUGGACGGAUGAGAGGCUAAAAGCGAUCGGGUCUGCAACGCUUGAUGGCGAUGACAUUCAGAUACUACAGAUGAAAGAGACUGCCAAUCCUUUCUCCCUGUCGGUGUUCAAUGACAUGCUCUACUGGUCUGAUGCCAAGAGAAGAGUGGUGCAGGUUGCCCAUAAAAUUACUGGAAAAAAUGUUCGUGUUCUCUUGAAGAGACUAAAACAGCCUUUUGGUGUAAAGAUUAUCCACCACAUAUUACAGCAACGCAGAGAUAACCCUUGUAAGAUGGGCUGUUCCCACUUGUGUGUCUUGGCUCCUGGGCUAAAGGCUGUAUGCAAGUGUCCCUCUGAUCUGAUACUUGCUGACGAUGGUCUGACUUGCACCAACUUGGUUGAUACAGCCUUCCUGUUGAUUUUAUCUCCCUCCACCGUCACCAAGAUUUACUUGCAGGUCCGACACACUUCAGAUGAGCUGAAGGGAUGGCCUGAACAUACAGCUAUGCAGCUACCAAGUGUCAAUGAAGCGGCAAUCAUCGACUACAGCCCACAUGACCACACCCUCCUUUUGGCUGAUGAUGGGACAACAUCCUUCAGCUCCUUCAAACUUAAAGACUUGAAUUUGGUCUCUGAAGGCCAAAUUCUUAAGCUCCUUGGUGACACAAUCACAGCUAUGGCCUUGGACUGGGUAACCUUCAAUAUCUACUGGAGCAGCACCAAGCAACCCCGCUUACAUGUCACCUCCAACAGUGGUGUAUUUACGACCAUUUUGAUAAAGGAUGGUAUUGGUGGGGUGGAAUCCAUUGCGCUCCACCCUCCGACGGGCCGUGUAUGUUUCACUAAUAAGGGUCUGCAGGACACAAGCCCGGGAGCUACGGUAGAAUGUGCCAACAUGGAUGGUGCUGAUAGAAGAGUAGUGUGGAGGAACGGUAUCCAACCAAAGUCUCUGGUCUUCUCAACUAACGGCGAAACUAUUCUCUGGGCUGACACUAGUCUAGAUGUGAUUGGAUCUGUUCAACUAGAUGGCUCUGGAUACAAAGAAUUAAAGGUAGCUGAAGGCUUGGCUGCAGUAGCGCUCAGUGAAGACACGCUUGUCUGGAUGACUGUCAGUGAUAAGACCAGGCUCUGGUACACCGAUGACCAGCAGCAGAACAAGUUGUGGUUUGAGGUUGGCACAGAAGUAAUUGGCAUGAAGGCAGUUAGCAAAUCGAGUGAGACUGGCUCUAACCAGUGUCAAUUAAAGAAUGGUAACUGCCAGCACCUCUGCUUGGCCACCCCAAAUGGCCGAACAUGCAAGUGCGCCCAUGACCACAUCACUGUGAAUGCUACUCACUGUACCCCAGAGCAGCGCUGCCCAGCCGGCAGUCGGUCAUGUCUGGAUCAAAUUUCCUGCCAGCCUGAUGAGAAGUUCUGUGAUGGACAUAUAGACUGCUCUGAUCAUUCAGAUGAGAACUGUGUCAAUGUAAAACACAGGUCUGGAGUCAAGGUACCCGCACUCACCCAAUCUCCCACCUCCCCGACUGUCCCAGCAACUCAUCCAGUCUCUGGUUUUAGCGCUACCACAAAUGGCAGCAAGCAACCUUUAAAUUUGAAUGCUCAAAUGUGUAGCCGGACACGCUGCAGCGGAAACGGACGCUGUGUUGAGAUCGGGAGAGAAACAACUUGUGUGUGUACAAUGGGCUACAGUGGUGAUUCAUGUCAGGACAAAUCCCUGCCAGUUCCAAUUUUUUGUGGAGCAGCUGGCCUCUGUGCAGUGGUGAUCCUGGCUGUGAUUGCUGUCAUGAUCAAAUUGAAGAAGGGUGCCCGCUUGAGGAGGGCAAAUCCAGAAGCGGCGAAGGAAACUUCUAUGAAAGAUCUAGACAGCAAAACUACAGUGACUCCUCCUGCAGACACUUCAUUAGUAGACCAUGAAAAAGAAGAGGAACCUGCGUCUGUAGACUAAUGUGGUGCACGAAGUAUUUUAAAUAAAUCUUCCAUGUUUUGCUGUAA